AUGGCCUGGGGCCGGCGGAGCCCGGCUGAGCCUCGGCGGCUGAUGCGGGCCGGGCUGGCACUGAUCGUACUGGGCCACGGGAGUCUGGUACUCGGUGCCAUCGUCCACGGCUCGGUCCUUCGGCAUGUGGCCGGCGCCCGCCGCGCCGUUACUCCCGAGUAUGCGAUGGCCAACGUGGUGUCGGUGGGCUCGGGGCUAAUGAGCAUCGCCGUGGGCAUCGUCGCCAUCCUGGUGUCGCACAACUCGUCCCGGACAGCCAUGCACUGGACUCUACUGAGCGUGUCCCUGUUGAACCUCCUCCUGUCCACAGCAUGCAGUGUGGGUCUGGUGCUGGCCAUCGCCCUCACCAUCCAUGGCCGAGGCAGGCACCUUGUCAUAGGCUGCAACAGCUCUGCACUGCCUGCUGAUGCCCGUGCAGCCAUCGCCACCAACGACUGUCCCUUCAACACCACACGCAUCUAUGACACAGCCUUGGCACUCUGGAUCCCCUCCAUGGUCCUGGUGGUCACAGAAGCUGUGCUGUCUGGCAAGUGCUGUUUGGUGGCCCUGAUCCUCCGAGGCAUUGGGCCCUGUGCACGCAGCUAUGGCAAAGACCAGCUCCCCAGGCCAAGUACUGUGAAGGAGAGGCCACCACGUGAGAUGCAGCAGCUCCUGGAGGGGCUGGCUGAGUCUCGUAUCUAG